AGAGUAGCAGAUCACAGAUCGCUGCUUUGUUCCUCCUCUCAGACAUAGCUAGAGGAUGGAGAGAGAAAUGGAGCGCUUUUGGCUGUGGAGUUUUUUAAUUCUGUUCCAACUUUGCCUUUUAUGUUUGGUUCCCGCCUCAGGCCAACCGUGGAAGGACAUUAGAGACAGAGUUACUGAUGCUGUGAAAGGACACACUCCGUGCAACUCUGUCAACUGCAGCUGCCAUCUGAGCAUCCUUCAAAAUGACCUGCAGCCGUUUAAAGGAAGGAUCUCUGAGGAUGUCAUGGCUGCGACUGUUCAGAGAGGGGUGGGCACACACUACCAGAUCAUCGGACACAAACUGUACAGAGAACGCAACUGCAUGUUUCCUGCCAGGUGCAGUGGGGUGGAGCAUUUCAUCCUGGAGGUGAUCGACAGGUUACCUGACCUGGAGAUGGUGGUGAAUGUCAGAGAUUACCCACAAGUCCCCAGCUGGGUGAAGCCCACCCUGCCUGUCUUCUCUUUCAGUAAGACGGCAGACUACCAGGACAUCAUGUAUCCUGCGUGGACGUUUUGGGAGGGGGGGCCUGCCGUGUGGCCCAUAUACCCCACUGGACUGGGGCGAUGGGACCUGAUGAGGGAUGACCUUCAAAAGGCUGCAGCUCAGUGGCCUUGGAAUAAGAAAGAGUCCAAAGGAUUCUUCAGAGGGUCCAGAACCAGUGCAGAGCGCGACCCUCUGAUCCUCCUGUCCAGAGAGGCUCCAGAGCUGGUGGAUGCAGAGUACACCAAGAACCAGGCCUGGAAGUCUGAAAGGGACACACUAGGGCAACCCCCUGCCAAAGAAAUCCCGCUGGUCGAUCACUGCAAAUACAAAUAUUUAUUCAACUUCCGAGGAGUGGCGGCCAGCUUCCGUUUCAAACACCUCUUCCUCUGUGGGUCUCUGGUGUUCCAUGUUGGGGAUGAAUGGCAGGAGUUUUUCUACCCUCAGCUGCGGCCCUGGGUCCAUUACAUCCCCGUGCAGCAGGAUCUAUCGGAUGUCAGGGAGCUGCUUCAGUUUGUAAAAGAGAAUGAUGACAUUGCACAGGAGAUCGCCACAAGGGGUAAGGUGUUCAUCCUGGAGCACCUGCGGAUGAAAGACGUUUCCUGCUACUGGGAGAGACUCCUCACUGAUUUCAGCAGUCUCCUCAGCUACCAACCAAAACUAAAGAGCGACUACAACCAGAUCGUCCACAGAGCGGGCCGGACGGAGCUAUGAGAGAGGCUCAGCAGGACCAGGGCAGCUCAGACAUGAAUGUAAUCACACACUACAACAUCAUUUUUCUCUAAGGGUAACAUGUAGGUCCAUUUCCAUCACACCAAAACGUAGCUAAAGUCUAGUCUAAUGCACUACAGUUUUUGAACCUGUCUCCUACCCUGUCCUUUAACUUUCUGGAUGCAAAAUACUAAAUUUGAUGUUAACAUUUGGACUGAUAUUAAGACAGAUUUCAGCCUAAAUUAAACCACUUUCCAAAAUGUGACUUAUAUUUAAAGAUGGUUAUCAGAAAUCCUUAGUUUUAAAUUGUCUGCUGCUCAAAUAGCUACAAAAGAUGUACCAGUAAAGAUGAUAAUAAUAGUUACACUACCCUGCUGUUACAUAUUUAAUGCGUUCAACUAGGGGGGGGGGUUAUGCACCGCAUCGAAAGUAUCUUUUGUAUUUUCAUUAAGUGGCCUUUUUGUAUGUUGAAUAAUAUGGGAAACAUUUAAUCCCUAUUAUUAAUAGUAAUGCAAUAAUAAAGUCAAAAAUGUAUUUGUUGUACUCCCCUCUACCGGACACCUGGGGUAACUACAGCAGACCUCUACCAAGCGUCAUUACAACAUGAACUCUUACUUGUUUAACUAUUAUGCUAAUGCCAUACAUUUAUUAACUUUUACAUUCAACACUUUAUUCCAGCAGUGCCAACAGUAAGCAAUAAUGAAUAUAUUUUGAUUUGUGGAGUUUCCAAGAAACACUAAUUGUUUUUCCUUUUGUAAAGAAUGUGUUGGAGAUGAGAGACGAUGUGUAGUUGAUGCCGGAUAAUGUUGAAUAUGUUGUAGUAUUUACAUUGUACUGCAAACAAGCAGAUUCUCACCAAUGUAAGGCUAUUUUUUACACUAGAGUUAAAGUGUGAGUUGCAGGGUUUUGUGGUGACGUGUGCAGAAUUUUAGUUUGUAUGCAAAUAAACAGUUUAGUUCUUAACCCAUUUGUGUCUGCAACUCUAUUUUUUACCUAAAAAAAUGGGUCAAACCAGCUGAAAAUGAUGUUUUUCUUAUCAUACUUGGGCACACAAUGGAACUACUGUUUACUGUAUAUUAUAGGAAAAACAGUCGUCCCAUAUACACAGAAACGAUUAAAGUUUGUUAUAAAAUGUG